AUGCCACCCGCAAGACGUUCUGUCAAAUCGAGCAACUCCAAAAGCAACACUUCCUCUUCCUCUUCAUCCGCCUCAGCUCAAGCAGCAUCCUCAGUCAGUUCUAUGAAUGGGUUUCCACGUCCUUUCGAUGAAAAAACCAUACUUCGCAAUGCACUCCAAGAGACCGAGAGGAAGGCUAUCAUCCUCGAAGGUCAACUCGCCAACAAGGAAGAAGAAUACACUAAGCUUUUCCAAGAAACUACUCAAUUGGAUGAACGACUCAAGCAAUAUUCAUCCCGAGUCAAUGACAUCGAGGAAAAUGAGAGAUUGAGAAGUACGAUCAAAGUUAAGGAAGAAGAGAUUCGAAGAAUAAAAAUGGAACAUAUCAACUGCGAUAUCGAUCGAUGUAAUCAACUCUUACUGAUCGUUGAUGAUAAAAAAGAAGAUCAGGUUAUGAUUGGCAAUCAAUUUUCUAAUCGUGAUUCUGAUUUGUUCUUACUUCAUCGUAAAGAAUUACUUGACGAACUAAAAUCACUCAAGGAAUCUAAUAAUCAGCUUAACCAACAACUGAAAAACUCAGAUGAAGAGUUGUCUAACCAAAUUGCAAUUAACAUUUCUACUCAAGAUCAGAUUGAUGAAUUACUUCUUAUCAAAAUGCAAUAUGAAGAAUUGAAAAUGAGGGGGAGUAAGAAGAUGAAGAAGGAAUUGGUAUUUGCUAAUAAUCGAAAUACCGAAUUGAAUGAACGAUUGACUAAGAUGGAGGAAGAAAAAGGAAAAUUGGAAGAAGAGAAUGAAAAUUUGAAAGAAGAGAUUGCGAAACUCAAUGAAAAAGUUGAUAGUCACGAGAACGAAGGGAAUAAAGAUGCUAGUUCCGACACUGAUAAGGGUCCAAGUUUGAAAGUCAAGGAAGGAGAAGCGGAAGUAGGAGGCACAGUAACUGGUUCGAAGGGGCGAAAAGGGAAGAAGAGAGCAUCGGAGACUGGUGGAAGUGAUAAGGAUAGUAAGAGAAGUAAAGCGGGCUGGGGAGGGGAGGCUAACGCUAAAGGAGGGAUUUAA